CUGGGACUUGGCUGCCCAGCCGGCCUCAGGCCUGGGCCGGAAUCCUGAGCUGGCGCUGGACGGGAGGCCCUGUAACUCCAGCCGCUGCGCCCGCCCCUGCCCGCCCUCCGCCUCAGCGCUGCUGGGCUGCCCACAAUGCCCCCAUUCAGCCUGUCCCCGCUGCCAGCCUGCGCGGGGAGGGGGCUCCGCCAGCUCCAGACAGGACAGACAGCCUUCCCGUGCUGCUGCUCUUCGGGCUGGACGGCCGAGGACGGCAUGGAGGGCACCUCCUCCGUCCUGCUGCUGCUCCUGCUGCUGCCGCUGCUGGGCCUGACGGGGCGCACGGCCGCCCAGCGCUGCCCGCAGCCCUGCGUCUGUGACAACGCCAGGCGGCACGUGGCCUGCCGGCACCAGAACCUCACCAAGGUGCCCCCCGCCAUCCCGGAGCUGACCCAGCAGCUGGACCUCCAGGGCAACCAGCUGAAGGCGAUCCCCCCGGCCGCCUUCCAGGACCUGCCCCACCUCACGCACCUGGACCUGCGGCGCUGCCAGGUGGAGCAGGUGGCGGAGGGCGCCUUCCGCGGCCUGGGCCGCCUGCUGGUCCUCAACCUGGCGGCCAACCGGCUGCGCGCGCUGCCGCAGGAGGCGCUGGCCGGGCUGGGCGCGCUGCGGCGCCUGGAGCUGCAGGGCAACCGGCUGGAGGAGCUGCGGCCCGGGGCCUUCGGGGCGCUGGGCGCGCUGCUCAGCCUCAACCUGGCGCACAACGCGCUGGUCUACCUGCCGCCCUUGGCCUUCCAGGGGCUGCAGCGCGCGCGCGGCCUGCGGCUGGAGCACAACGCGCUCAGCGUGCUGGCGCCCGAGGCGCUGGCCGGGCUGCCCGCGCUGCGCCGCCUCAGCCUGCGCCACAACGAGCUGCAGGCGCUGCCCGGCGCCGCGCUGGCCCCGGCCCGCGGCCUGGCGCGCCUCGAGCUGGGCCACAACCCGUUCACCUACGCGGGCGAGGAGGACGGGCUGGCGCUGCCGGGCCUGCGCGAGCUGCUGCUGGACCACGGCGCCCUGCAGGCCCUGGACGCCCGCGCCUUCGCCCGCUGCCCGCGCCUGCACACGCUGGACCUGCGCGGCAACCAGCUGGCCGCGCUGCCGCCGCUGCAGGGCCCGGGCCAGCUGCGCCGCCUGCGGCUGCGGGGCAACCCGCUGUGGUGCGGCUGCCGCGCGCGGCCGCUGCUCGAGUGGCUGGCGCGGGCGCGCGUGCGCUCGGACGGCGCGUGCCGGGGGCCCCGGCGGCUGCGGGGCGAGGCCCUGGACGCGCUGCGGCCCUCCGACCUGCGCUGCCCCGGGGACCCUGCGGCGGCCGAGGAGGAGGCGGAGGAGCGGGCCGAGGCGGGGGCCCGGGCGCCGGCGGCCCCUCCGGGCCCCGCGGCGGCGGCGGAGGAGGACGGCGCGGCCCGGCCCUGCCCGCGCGCCUGCGUGUGCGCCGCCGCCGCCCGGCACAGCGGCUGCGAGGCCCGGGGCCUGCGCGCCCUGCCCCGCGGCUUCCCCGCCGACACGGAGCUGCUGGACCUGCGGCGCAACCACUUCCCCGCCGUGCCGCGCGCCGCCUUCCCCGGCCUCGGCCGCCUGGUGUCGCUGCACCUGCAGCACUGCGGCGUGGCGGCGCUGCAGCCGGGCGCGCUGGCCGGCCUGGACGGCCUGCUCUACCUCUACCUCUCCGACAACCGGCUCUCCGGCCUGGCCGCCGGCGCGCUGGACGGCGCCCCGCGCCUCGCCUACCUCUACCUGGAGCGCAACCGCCUCCUGCAGGUGCCCGCGGCCGCCCUGCGCGCCCCGCCGCGCCUCUGCGCCCUGCACCUGCAGGGCAACGCCCUGGCGCGCCUGGCGCCCGGGGACCUGGCGGGCGCGCCGGCCCUGCGCUGGCUCUACCUGAGCGGCAACCGCCUCGCCCAGGUGGCCCCCGGCGCCCUGGGCCCGGCCCCCGAGCUGGAGACGCUGCACCUGGACCGGAACCAGCUGCGGGAGGUGCCCACCGCGGCGCUGGAGGGGCUGCCCGCCCUGCGGGAGCUGCAGCUCUCCGGGAACCCGCUGGGGGCGCUGCGGGACGGCGCCUUCCGGCCCGUGGGCGAGUCCCUGCAGCACCUCUUCCUCAACAGCACCGGCCUGGAGCAGGUUUCCCCCGGGGCCUUCUCGGGCCUGGGGCCCCAGCUGCAGAGCCUGCACCUGCAGAAGAACCAGCUGCAGGCCCUGCCCGCCCUGCCCAGUCUCAGCCAGCUGGAGCUGGUCGACCUCAGUGGCAAUCCCUUCCGCUGUGACUGCCAGCUGCUCCCCCUUCACAGGUGGCUCGCGGGGCUGAACCUGCGGGUGGGUGCCACCUGUGCCGCGCCCCCCAGCGCCCGGGGCCAGCAGGUGAAGGCGGCCGCCGCCGUCUUUGAAGUCUGCCCGGGCUGGGCGACCAGGAAGACCAAGCGGAUGCCGGGUGCCCGGAGAGCCCGCGGGCAGCGCUGACAUCGGGGAGCGGACAGGGUGGGGAAGGAGAGGCGCCGGCCUGAGCCUGCCGCCCGCCCGGCUUACUCUCGUCCGGACUGGCCGCCGCCAAGACCUUCUCCGGGGCCUGGGGGUCCUCCUCCAGCGGCGGCUUCUUGGAGCCUGGUCUCAGGGGCCGCGCCUUGGCCGGAGGAAUCCUCUUCCCUUUGAAUAAAAAUGGAAUUAAACCAGCA